AUGGCCGACGUUGUGGCCGGCGAAAGUUCAUUGCUUCUUCCCCAGUCUUCUGGUUCUAUUAGAGACGGGCAAUUUACCUUCAGUAUCUGGCGCGACCUUGCUGGCCUCACAAGGCAGACGAUUCCAAUUUGCCUCUCAUUUGCUCUUCAAAAUGCUGUGCAAGCCAUCAGCGUUCUGACGGCGGGAAGGUUAGGCUCCUUCGAGUUGGAAGUUACCUCCUUUGGCUUCAUGUUUUUCUCCUGCACGGGAACCAUGGUCGCUAUUGGUGGCGCAACAGCACUUGAUACACUGUGUGCCCAGGCCUUUACCUCACAUACGGUGACAGGCAAUGGCAAAGUACUCGGUCUCCUGUUACAACAAUGUCUGCUAGUGCUGCUUGGAACUUUCAGCCUCCUGAUUGCACCCAUCUGGGUAUUUUCGGCGCGUGUCUUCGUCUUCCUCGGUCAGCAGCAAGACUUCGCGAUCGCCACAGGCCGAUUCAUGUUGUUUAUGCUUCCCUCGGGGAUGUUACAAGUCGUCGCGGAAUGUUUGAAGAAGUAUCUACAGGUGCAGGGUGAAAGCAACAUUGUUGGGUCAUCGACAGCGGCAGCCAGUGCUGUUGGCGUUCUUUUCAACUUCGUUCUUGUCCGAUGGACGAGGAUGAGACUCUGGGGUGUUCCUUGUGCCUUCUGCAUUUAUCAGCUUCUCACGGUUGUUGCUUUGCUGUGCGUUAUUGCAUAUAAGCCUGCAAUCAGGAAAACCUGGCACUGGCCAACCAUCGGUGCUCUAAAUGGCUUGUCACGAUUGUUGUCAUAUGCUGUCACGGGGAUCUUGACAAUUGCGACUGAGUGGUGGAGCUUUGAAAUACUUGCAAUGAUGGCUGCACGACUGGAUUCAAGCUCCAUCGGUGCUCAAAGUAUUUUGAUGUCAUCGGACUUGCUCUUCACGACGGUGUCGUUAGGAAUAAGCGUAGCCGCUAGCCACCGUGUGGGUGGCUUACUCGGUGCAGGCAAAGGGCAGGAGGCGAGGAAGGCAAUAGCAACGCCAUAUCUGCUGUCCUUCAUUAUUGGGGCCAUUGAAUUUCUCGGCAUCGUGCUUGUACGAAAUCACUAUGGCCGAAUCUUUACAAGCGAUCCAGCGGUGAUCAGCAAGACCGCACAGGUGCUUCCGCUGAUGGCUGGAUUCCAAGUCCUGGACCUUUCCAACGGCGGCGCUGGCGGGAUCCUGCGGGGUGCUGGGAAGAAUCAUCUGUCUGGCGCCUGCAACUUUCUGGCAUACUACGGUGUGGGAUUGACCUCUGCAUGGUUUCUAUGCUUUCGCAAGGAUUAUGGUGUCUUUGGCUUGUGGGCGGGCAUUAUCACUGGCAGCGGUGCACUCCUUGUCCUGCAAUCAUGUUGCAUUGCGAGCAUACGAUGGAAGCAGUUGGCCAAAGACGUCUCUGGGUCCCGCGUAACAUAG